AUGGAUUACGCGGAGAGUUCGUCGGCGUCUAGGCUCGAUGCCCCUUUCCAGGCAUCUUCCGCCCUCCUGUCGCGUCGUCGCAAGGGCAACCCGUCCCGAAAACCCUCGAUCAGUCCGGUGACCGACCAGGGCUCCCCCGAAGUGAUAUCCUCGUUGAUCUCUUCGCUGUCGACCAUCUCUGCCCCUCUCCAAUCGCAUUUCGACAGUGGCCCGCGCAUUGAUUCGGAAACCGACCCCACAACCCCCAUCUAUAUCCCUCCCGAACCACAUUCCAUUCCCGACCAACAACGGCCACCGAGCGAGCAUGGAUUUGGCGUGACCUACACCACGACCCCAGUGGCGGUCGACUUCCCGCAUAGUCCGUUUCUGCACCCCGACGAUGCUGCGGCUGCCCCUAUCAUUCGCAUGGCCCGGGCGCCGCCCCCUCCGAAGUCUCCCAAGUCGCCCAAAUCGCCCAGAUUCAAAUCAGCCUUCUCCGCGCCCCCGUCCCCGGGAAGGCCGACGUCCAGGGGUUCCUACACCUCGUUCAAGGCGGGCUAUGAAGACACCGCGUUUGGCAUGAUCUCAACGGAGCCAGGCCAUCGCGCAUCCACCGCCGCUAGUAUCGCCUCGACAGGAUCUAGGAAAAGCUUGAAAACCCCGCUGGGCUUGUUCAAAAAGCCAUCGCGUGAAUUCUUGUGCGGCGGCAAAGAUAAAGAGGCGGAGAAACCACGGAAGUCGAAUAGCUACAACGAUAGCCUGAGGCAGAACAUCCCGCGGAAUCGCGCGAGUUUGCGCUCCAUGCACUCCAUGGCGAACGUGGCAGAGGAAGGACGGCAGACUUACUCCACGGAAUCAUCGCGGCAGCCUCCCCCUAGCUCACCUAACAGAGAGCGUUCUUCGUUCCAGAGCUUAUGCGACAGUGCGCCAAGCACCCCCGGGGGCGUGGGCAGUGGGAGGGCAGCCAUCCCCGCACGUGAAUCGUCGCUGCGGCACAGCUUUUCCUCCGGCUCCAGGCAACGCAAAGGUUCCCGUCAUGGUCGACUGCCGUCCGCAGGCAGCAACCGGGAGGCCAAAGUCGAUAGCGGAAUAGCUGGCGUCGGAAGCGAAGCCGAACAGGUGACGAAGAGGAUCCAAGAACUGAAAAAUCAACAGCAGAAAAUCAAGACUGAGCUGGAAAUGGACGAUAGUCCUGAAAUCACCGCAAAGCACCUCCCGUCUCCGAAACCGGUUCGACCGCCGCAAAACCCCGGCGGUCUUGGUGCUGGCGUCGGUCCAGCCGAGGCGCGACGGAAUCGUUCAUACACAUUCGACGAGAGCGCUCCAGCGCCAGCAGUCAUGACUGGUAAAUGCAGAUCCAUGACGAGAACUAGCUCCCCACUUGUCUCGAAACCAACCAACGUGCCGUUUGCGACGAGGGGGUCCUUUGAUAAAUGCGACCAGGCUAGUAUGAUUCGCGCCCGACAGUCCGUGGAGUCGUCUACACCUCCACGAAACCACAGGCGCUCGCCGUCUGGACCGACUCCCGCCGGCCAGAGUGUGGCUGGGGAUUAUCGUCCGUCGAGCGCCGAUUCCAUCGACCACUUGGUGUUCGACUACAUACAAUCUCCCAAACUGACUCAACGUGUCCCCCAUCCCACGACGGGCCGUACAAUCGCAUUCUCCGAGGUGGGAGAUCCUAGGGGGCACGUAGUUCUGUGCUGCCUUGGAAUGGGAUUAACCAGAUAUUUGAUGGCCUUUUACGACGAACUGGCGCGUUCCCUCAAGCUUCGAAUGAUCACUUUGGAUCGCCCCGGAGUUGGUGAAAGUGGGCCUUGUGUGGAUGAGUCGGGGAACCCUCUCAGUUGGCCAGACGAUGUUGCUAUUGUAUGUAACUACCUCAAAGUAACUAAAUUUUCGAUCUUGGCGCACUCUGCUGGUGCCAUCUACGCGUUGGCAACGGCUUUGAGGAUCCCACAGCAUAUCCGCGGCCGUAUCCAUCUCCUUGCGCCUUGGAUCCCUCCGUCGCAGCUGUCGAGCAUUGGCUCGCAGAAAUCUCCCGCCCCUACCAAUGCCGUGCCAUACUCUCAGCGAAUUCUCCGUGCGCUACCGACCUCUUUCUUAAAGGUAGCCAAUUCCAGCUUCAUGAGCGCGACGAGCGCAAGUAUAACGACCAGUCUUCCCAAAUCACCCCGGCGUUCAAAGCGCAAAGGGACUGCGAAAGAUGCCUCUGCCUCGGCGGCUCCCGAAGUCAAUGGACCCCAGAAACUCCAGUCGAAGAUCCAUCAACAGGGCGCCGACCUCCAGGCCCUACAAAACGUCCGAACCCCAAAUAUACCCAGCGAGGCCCGCGACAAGGAAGGUGACGCCUUCGGCCAGAAUGCAGACGUCUCCGACGAGCGUGAGCGCCAAUCCGAUUAUGACAAUCGCCUGACGCACAAGAUCUGGGAAUUGGCCACUAGCAAUGCCAACCCGGCAGUUGACUUGCUCGUGUGCCUGGAACGUCACCAGCCGAUUGGGUUCCGCUACGUGGACAUCACACGAAACGUUGUCAUCCACCACGGGAGCAGGGAUACCCGCGUCCCGGUGGACAACGUCAGAUGGCUUGGCCAAACCAUGCGACGCUGUGAGGUCCGGGUUCUCGAGGACGAGGGCCACGGAUUGAUGGCGUCUGCGUCUGUGAUGGGCAAUGUGAUGAUGGAAAUUGCCAAGGAGUGGGAAGAUUGGAUGAUUGUCGUCCAGGGCAGACGCCGAGGGACCACCGGGAUGCGACCCGGCCUUAUGAUUCAAACAUAGGGACAACCGCAUAACCUUGGACUCGAUACAGAAUGGCAGGCUGCGCAGACGCUGCGCUCCACCGCUGCUGGUUCUGCGGAUUCUUUCUCUUUUUCUUUCUUUCUGGGGAAGUCUGGCAUGGAUUCGAUGCUAUGGACGGUGGCUCCAAGCAAAACAUGUGGUCCCUGGGCUAAAUCCUGCAUUGAACCAUGACAACUCCCGCGUUAUUAGUGUCAUUUCAUUUUAGCAAUACCCGAUUAGAGCAUC